GCUUUUAUACGCGUCAUGUACUCACGGACCAAUCAGGAUGGUCGUCCAUUUAGCCCCGCCUCUUGGACUGGUGACGAAGCGCGCGCUCCGCUUUGGAACCCGUGCUUGCGCUUCCGGGAAACGAGAGCGAGAGAGAGAGCGUGUGUGAAUGUGACGCUUGAGACGAGUAGAAGAAGGUUCGAGAUGUCUUACUCGUCACGGAGUUCCCUGGACUGCAAGGUGUAUGUGGGUGACCUGGGCAAUGGCGCGGCCAAGGGCGAGUUGGAGCGUGCGUUCAGCUACUACGGGCCUCUGCGGAGCGUCUGGGUGGCGAGGAACCCACCCGGCUUCGCUUUUGUCGAAUACGAAGACUCCAGAGAUGCCGAGGACGCCGUGAAGGGCAUGGACGGAAAAAUGCUCUGCGGAGCCCGCAUCCGUGUCGAGAUGUCAAACGGAAUGUCCCGGAAGUCCCGCUUCGGUCGGCCAAGCCGCAGACAGUUCGAUCCGAAUGACCGUUGCUACCAGUGCGGCGAAACCGGCCACUACGCCUACGACUGCUACCGCUACAACAAGAGAGGCGGCAGACGCAGCAGGUCUCGCUCUCGGUCCAGGUCUCGUGGCCGUCGUUACCACUCUCGCAGCCGCAGCAACGAGCGGAGACAUCGCUCUCCAUCCUACUCCAGGAGGCGGAGCAGGUCGGCGUCCCCGGGCCGCUCCAGAUCCCGAACCCCAGUCCGACGCUCUCGUUCCCCCGUGCGCCGGUCCAGAAGUCCUGCCAGGAGGUCCAGAACACCAGUCCGCAGGGCCAGUCGUUCUCGUUCACGUUCCCGCUCCAGACAGCGAGCGCGCAGCGCAUCCAGAUCUCGUUCUCGCUCCGUAAGCAAGAAAAGAGACAGCCGUUCUAGGUCCAUCAGCCCGAGAAAGAGCCCAACACCUGAUGCUGACUGAUUUGGAACGUCGACCCCCCCCUCUUCAUCUCCUCCUCGCCCCGCCCUCUUCUUCUCUCUGCUGUACCUCCGUCAACCGAUGAACUUCCUGUCACCCGAUGCUGUCAUGACCUCUGUUCCAUCGCAGUCUUCUUUCUUUUUUUUUUUUUUCUUUUUUUUCAGUUUCAAACAUCUGCAUCCACCUGCACAUCUGUACAUCCCUGCUCUCCUGCCUACGUCUCUUUUUUUUUUUUUGCCUGUUUCUUCUUUCACACCGCACGUUUCCUUUUCAUUUUAAAAAAUGUAUUCUUAAAAUGGUUUCAAGCCAUUGUUUUUAGUCUCAGGCCCGAGUGUGUGGUCUGUAAUGAACGGGACGGUGAGCAGUGUGGGGAUUGGAGGGAAAAAGAGAAUGAGCCGUAAUCGGGUCAAAGCUAGGCUUGAAGUGUUGUGGGGUUGUUUUUGUUGUUUUUUGGGGUUUUUUGUUUUUUUGGUUAGUCCCCCCUCCUGCUAUGAAAAUGCCAGUGGUCUUUUUAAUAAAGUGAGUCUUUACACAUCA